CUGCGGCGCCGCCGAUGCUGUCGGUGCCGGUGGCGGUGCCGGUGGCGGGGGCGGCGCGGGGCGCGGGCUCCCUGCCCCGCCGGCGCACCAUGUGCAGCGGCGUCGGCUGCUUCUGGGCGCUGCUCUCCGCCGGCCUCUUGGCCGCCUGCGCCGCCGCCUUCCUCUCCCCGGCCUGGCUGCUGCCGCCCGGCCGAGCCGCCGCCGGCUUCGGCUUGUUGUGGCGCUGCGCCGGGCCGCCCCGCGGCUGCCACGGCUCCGCCGGUCCCGGCGGCUUCGGAGACAUCCCCUCCGGCUCCUGGCAGACGAGCGCCGUGCUGUGCGCAGGUGGCUGUGUCCUGCUGGCCCUCAGCUCGCUGCUGGCCAUCGUCGCCGUCCUGCUGCCCAGCGGAGCCUGCGAGAGGCGAGUGUGCACCCUGGCUGGCUACAUGCAGACAGCAGCAGUGUUCAUAAUGGCUUCUGGGCUUUUGGUUUACCCUUUUGGUUUCAACUCUGCUACUGUGAAGAGAUUCUGUGAGAAUUCAGACAUCUACUAUGCAGGAGACUGCCAGAUUGGAUGGGGGUAUAUGCUGGCAAUUGUUGGGGUCAUGCUGUCUGUCUUUUUACCAUUCUUUGCAAAAUAUGCACCAAAAGAGCACAUAUCUCCAACUCCAAUACCUACUAUUUUAUAGUAUUUUAUUACUGUAUAAGAACAGAACAUUCCUGUCUACAGGCAAUGGGCAAAAAUUAUUAUAGCACUUCCAUUUAGCUGUAUUGCUAAAAAGAAGGGGAAAAAAAAAAAAAGGAGAUGGGAGAGAAGGUCAGAUCCACAAAGACCAAAA